AUGACACACGGACGUCGAGGAGGGACAGAAGGUCCUGCAGUUGUUGGCGGAUUUGCGCGCCACGACAUCGCAGCUGUGCUCGCCGACAUCAAUGCCGUCUCCCCACACUCAAGCGUCCUUCUCUCCGACACAUCUCUUUUCUACCUCCCGAAGGCUCUCUUCUGCAUCUUACCGUCCAUCCCCUCACUCCACCUCCACCCCAUCAUCCAGUCUAGCCACGACCCCUACAGCAUCGGCGAGGCCUUCGCGGCUGAUAGGUCGCGCUUUGCAGAAGCGGGCCGCCUCACCCUCCUCAAACUGCCCCCUGCUGAGCUCGCGCGGACGACCCCUGCGCUCCGCGUCCUCGCGCGCUCCACGUGCAAGCUUAAUCCCAUGACCUCCUAG